AUGAACUUUAAAAUAUAUGAACAAAUAAGGGAGUACAAUUUGCUCAAGGACAGGUUUGUUGAUACCGAAAUAGAAUUGCGUAAAUUACGAGAUACUUUGAAAGUAGUGCAGAAGAAGGCAAGCAAAGUCGAUGAAUUAGAAGCGCAGAUAAAAACAUUGGAGCAAAAAAAUGAGCAAUUAAAGAAUUGUCUGAACAAAAAUCAGCCUACAAAAGAAAGAAAUGGGACAGUUAAGGAAAUCAGAAAGGAGACUUUAUCCUUUGCAAAGGUACUCACACAAAACGAAAAGCAGGUACUAAGCAAAAAUCAGCCAGUAAACAAAGAUAAUAACAAAGAUAAGCGUGUAGUGGCAAGCGUGGCCAUGAAACCGACAUGUGAUAUAGAAACCGCUGCGGAGAGUUUUGAUAAAGAACAACUAUCGACAGAUAAUACAGAAAAUAAGAUGGAAACUAGCAAAAAGAAAGGAUCAUGGAUAACUGUACAGAAAAAGAAAUAUCCUGAGAGGCAAGUCUUAAGAGGAGGAAAUACUGGUACAGGAAAUAUUCAAGUGGAAAAAGAAUUGGAGGUGCGCGCGGCUGAGCCAAUCGUGCCGCCCGACCCACAUCAUCCUCCGCUCGCCAUUGUGGUGCAGCGGGGGCGUGCGCGGUACGGCGUACAGCCCGCGCCGGUGCCACUGCUAGCUGAGUCUGAGGGGAACAAUCAGACGCAUACUGGAUGGAACUUCUAUAAAAGAAGACUAGGAUCCGAAGAAUCAAUAUUAGGUCAACCGAAGCGUGUUGAAGACCUGCCUAAAGCUGAACCCAUCCUACCAGGACACACGUUAUUAAGACCAUCUCUCGGAAUGCUAAAAUCCGCAGUGCAAUUUCCACACAAUGAUGUCUAUUUAGUUUAUGGUAACUUAAAUAACUUGGGAAACACGUAA